UUAAUUAAUAAAAAGCAUAACAAAACCACGAACGAAUUACUCGACCAAAACUACGCCCAUCGAUCAAAAAAAAUACCACCACCCUUCCCCUCCACACUCCCUUUUUUUUUUUUCUUUUUUUUUUUCCACUCUCUCCUCGACCUUCGUUUCAUCGCCAUUGAAGGAGACUCCGAAAAUAGCCAGCCAUGGCGGCCACUGCUGGACGUGUUAUUCCCUGCAAGGCGGCGGUGGCGUGGGAGGCGGGGAAGCCGCUGGUGAUAGAGCGGGUGGAGGUGGCGCCGCCGCAGGCGAUGGAGGUGAGGGUGAAGAUCAAGUACACCUCCCUCUGCCACACCGAUCUCUACUUCUGGGAAGCCAAGGGGCAAAAUCCACUAUUUCCGCGCAUAUUCGGCCAUGAAGCAGCAGGAAUUGUGGAGAGUGUCGGUGAAGGCGUGACGGAUCUUAAAAAGGGAGAUCACGUACUUCCCGUCUUCACCGGAGAAUGCAAGGAGUGCGCGCACUGCAAGUCGGAGGAGAGCAACAUGUGCGACCUUCUUAGAAUCAACACCGAUCGGGGCGUGAUGCUUAGCGACGGCAAUGCACGGUUCUUCAAGAACGGGAGUCCCAUAUAUCACUUUCUUGGCACAUCCACCUUCAGUGAAUACACAGUCAUCCACUCCGGCUGCCUCGCCAAGAUCGACCCCUCCGCUCCGCUCGACAAAGUCUGCGUUCUCAGCUGCGGCAUAUCAACAGGUUUGGGGGCUACUCUGAAUGUUGCUAAACCAAAGAAGGGCUCGACAGUCGCGGUAUUUGGGCUGGGAGCUGUGGGUCUUGCAGCUGCGGAAGGUGCAAGAAUUGCUGGAGCAUCUAGAAUCAUCGGUGUUGAUUUGAAUCCCAACAGAUUCAGCGAAGGUGUGUUGACUACUUUUAUUAUAACCACUCUUUAUUUAGAUCUUCUUCCUUAUGCUAAAUAUCCUUCUAAGUCUUCUACUAUGGUUUCAGCCAAGAAAUUUGGUGUCACGGAUUUCGUCAAUCCAAAGGAUCAUGGCAAACCUGUGCAAGAGGUCAUUGCAGAGAUGACCAAUGGCGGAGUUGACAGGAGUAUCGAGUGCACGGGCAACAUCAAUGCAAUGAUAUCUGCUUUUGAAUGUGUUCAUGAUGGUUGGGGUGUUGCUGUACUUGUCGGAGUGCCCAGCAAAGAUGACUCGUUCAAGACUAAGCCGAUAAAUUUCCUGAACGAGAGGACUCUGAAAGGAACCUUCUUUGGAAACUACAAGCCUCGAACAGAUCUCCCCAAAGUUGUCGAUAUGUACAUGAAGAAGCAACUGGAAGUGGAGAAGUUCAUCACUCAUAGACUGCCGUUCUCAGAUAUCAACAAGGCAUUUGACUACAUGAUCAACGGCGAAGGCCUUCGUUGCAUCAUCAGUUUAGAUGAAUAGAUAGGUUGAAUAUGCGACGCAAAGCUAUCGAUACGAUAGUUACUUUAGAAGAAGGCUUUACUAAUAAAAUCUGCAUAUAAUCUCCUUCACAGGAGCGAAGCAGCUAGGAACUAUGUUUGUAUCAACCCUAUGGGAGACAUGUUAUGCAUGUUGAAAGGCAUUAAGUUUCAAAGCUUGCGAAUUCUAAUUAUUCCUCAAA